UGCAGUAUGUCUCAUCAAGCGGCUUUGCUCUAAAGUUUGGGCAUAUGUUUCCCCGCUAUCGACCCGUAUCGCCAUAAACAAUUUGUUGUACUACACACGCAAAUAAUUUUGCCGUUAUAGAUUUGCAGUGCCGUUAUAGAAGAAGCUCCUGUUAUCCAGUUUUUCGCCUUUGAAAAGCUGAAGUUUCUACUGAAGCUGAAGCUUUGUACUGAAGUUUCGUAAGAAAUACAACCACUGCCAACCAGUACAGCGCUCCAUUUCAAAAAAUUCUUUCUUUGCUACACUUCGCAUGAUUUAUUAUUUAAUUGUUAAAUAAAAAAUACCACGUACGUACGUCCCUACAUCAUACAGUGGUCUUAAUCGUCUUUAUAAUUCAGAGGUACAAACUUUCUUAUGAUGUUUAUGAUGUCAGUUGCUUCGUACGCGGUUUACAAUCAGGUGGACGCUGCCGCCUGGCGUGAUUCGCUGCCGAUUUGACUAAGCAGAAGACAGACGGCGGGACUUCGCGCCACUGUGGCAUAAGCAGCAACUGUUCACUUGCGAGUCGACUUGUGAGACUUGUGACCAAUUCGUCCCUGCACCAAAAAAUUCAUUUCCUAAAUUUUCCCUGAUUAAUUGCAGUUCAGUGCUUACCUUACCGUGCGUACGAAAUUUGAGCCAACACACUUUGUUCGACUUAAAAUAUUUUACACACUGCAUUUAGCGCUUGGCACUGGCGGGCACUUUUUAGUACCCUUUUAAUUGUUGCAACAUCAAUCAAAAUGUAUCAAAGGCAAUCGCAUGCAGGUGGACGAACAUACGAAGCCCCUUUUUUCCAGCCACCGCCCGUUCAGACGCCGGUAAACUACAUACAAGCCAGCCUAGGAACAUUGUCAUACCUGCCGACGUUCCAGAGCGACACAUCCGUUAAGCUGACGCUGGAGAACAAGUCCAUGUGGGACACCUUUAACAAGCAAACAACGGAAAUGAUCAUCACAAAAACCGGCCGGAGGAUGUUUCCUGUUAUAAAGGUCAGCAUAAGCGGACUGGACAAAAGCACCCGUUAUUUCGUAAUUAUGGACAUGGUGCCAGUGGACGACGUCCGGUAUAAAUUCCAUAACUCUGAAUGGCUGGCGUCAGGGAAAGCUGACCCGCACUUUCAUGGACGCUUUUAUAUUCAUCCGGACUCACCGGCAGCCGGCAGUCAGUGGAUGCGCCAACCCAUCUCCUUCCAUAAAAUCAAGCUGACCAAUAAUAAUUUCGAUCAAAAUGGUCAGAUUAUCCUCAACUCAAUGCAUAAAUACCAGCCGCGAAUUCACGUCAUCCGAGCCGAUGAUUUAGCCUCCUUUAAUUACACCGCUUUCAACAUUUUCACAUUUCCGGAAACGAUGUUCAUCGCCGUGACCGCUUACCAGAAUGAACAGAUCACCAAAUUGAAAAUCGAUAACAACCCUUUUGCCAAAGGAUUCCGCGAUCUGCGAGACUACAAAAAAGCCGAAGAACACGUGUGGAUUGGCAAAAGAUCACGAAGCGGAAGCGAUCAUCAGCUUGAAGACGACGACAUCAACGAUCCGGCAAUCAAAAUUGCCAAAUUUGGUCCAAGAAGCGCAGAUGACCGGCCUAGUAUGACGCCUAUCCCAGAUUCGACCUCCAAUCACCAUCCAGCAGCUUAUGCACAACUGGCGGGAUUUUGUCCUCGCACUCCUAACCCGACCGGGGCGUUGCCGUCUUCUGCCUGGCAGCAGCAAUAUGCGGCACACACUUACAUGAGCUACCUCUGCCCACCGGCAGCAUCGUGGAUGUUUUCCCGAUUUCCUCUGGCUCACUGUCCGUCAAAUUAUUCACCGUCAUUCGAACACACGGGAAGCCUGGGAAAUGGACUGGGAUUCCCUCAACUAUAAUUAAUGGUAUAUUUUUGAUUUUUCUGUUCCAUAUCCAUGAUUCGAUACCAAAGAAGUCGUAUUUAUGUUAAAAUUAUCCACGUAUAUACAUAUUGCUGUCAUCAACUUACACGAACACGAAAUGACAGUGAGUUGUUUCACAAAUUUCUGAUAUUAUAUCAGCCAACACAACUUUUGUCAGAUUAUGACGAGCACUUUGAAAUUUCAGAGCCCUAAACUCACACCAGUUUUAUUUUAA